UUCGUAAUCGGGGCGUAAGAGUGCACCGGUGCUCGAACGACUUACCCCACGUGCGCGCGUAUAUCAUGCGAUGUGCCCCGCCGCCAGUCGUCACAUUACCGUUAACGCGUGCGAGUCGAGUGUGAAACCGAUUGGUGUUUAGAAAAAUAUUUCGUUUGUUCGUUGAAAGACAUUAGUUUUUCUCGCUAAUUAAACAAUAUAUUAAACGAUCGCGUAUUAAGAUAAUUUUUUUUUUUUAUCGUUUGUGUUUUCAAUGAAAAAUCCCUGAUCGGUUCAGACGAUUGUUAAAUAUUUUUCGUCGUUUGCACUUCGUGUUGAAAAUAAUCAUCCGUAUAAAAUAAUACAUUAUCAAUCUGGGACGUGUGCGACCACGAUGGACACUACCUAACAGAAUGUUUCGUCCGCAACAGCAUAACGACAACAAGAACGAUUAUAAUAAUAAAUCUACCCAUCAUAAUAUUAUGUGUCGUGUGACUCUCGUGCGGUUUUCAAGUUGAAUUAUUCGUUACGUUUUUUUUUUUUUCGUUAUUUUCUAAACCGUCGCUACGUACAAAGUGCCGACGACCACUUCGCGCCAUCCCAAAAAUACCCAAAGAACCAUCUACCCCCCUUACAUCUACACUGCUGCGAUGACGGACCCGUAUGACGACCGACGCAAUCUGUACCAAGAAGUGGGCCGGUGGUGGUGAUACGCACGACAUGUCGAAUGGUGGAGACGGCGCAGCAGGUGCAGUUUGCGCGUGUAGCCGUCGCCGUAGCCGUCGUCGGACAGCGUCGUCCUCGUCUCCGUCGCCGUCCGUGCUGGCCGUGUGGACGACGGCGUUCGUGCUGGCCGUGGUCGUAGGCGGCGGCGGGGUCGAAGCGCUGCACUCGGCCGCUGCCGUAUCGAUGGGUGGCGGUGGCAGUGCGGCUGCGGCAGCUGCGGCAGUGGCAGCGGGCCGGAUGGCGCCGUGCGCCCACCUGGGCGACGAGACCAACGACGUGUCUGCUCGGGCGUACGCGUCCGACGUGGUAUUUGAGGGCAAGGUCCGGUCUAAGGGCCCGGUACGGCCCGGGGACGGUACGUACGGCGUCACGUUUGUGGUACAGCGCGUGCACAAAGACUCCAUGCAAGCGGUUACGUACGAGGGACUGCGAGUCGGCAGCCCGGUGCGGCUCAACUUUCGUGAGAAGCGCGGCGACCGCAAUCUACCGCAGCGGAGGCCACCGCUUCAGCGCCGGGUGGACGCACAGUGCGUGCAGCGGUUCGCGCCGGCCGCCGGUGGUCAGACCGUCGAGGCUAACAUCAAACGCGGCGCCAAGUACUUGGUGUUCGUGGCCGGUGUCGGGCCGCACAACCUGUCCGUGCUCGGGGAACCCGUGCUCAGGACGCCCAAGAACGUGGACGCCGUGCAAAAGGUGCUUUGCAGGGACUGCGUUCAGCCAAUCGGAGUGUGGGGACUUCAUAACACGACGUUAAAGGUCAAAAGCGCUUUGAAGUUGAUGUGCAGAGCCAAAGGCAACCCGAUGCCAGCUCUACAAUGGUUCAAAGACGGCGUGCCGGUUUUGGUGGGCAGGCGAAGGAUUCAAUACAAAAAGAAAAGAUCCAUGCUUGUGAUACCAAAGGUGAGGCCAGAAGACGGAGGCAAGUAUGAGUGCAGAGGUACCGGAGUCCAAACCGGCCAUGUGGCUAUUACGUCGGCCCAAGUCAUAGUUAAUUCCAAACCGGACAACACGACAGCCCUGUGGCCGUUGGUCGGCGGUCCCUGUCCAGCAGAUCUCGUAUAUUGUCUGAACGGGGGCACUUGUACGUUCUACGAAACCAUCGGAGAACUUGUUUGCCAGUGUGCCGAAGGCUUCAAGGGUCAACGGUGUGAGAACAAAGACAUUGUUAACAAAAGCAAUUCAAAACAAAAUAAGAAACAAAACACCAUUGGAAAUGACGCAAAUAAUUUCGGCUAGUGACGCGUCGACACAUUAAUAUGCUGUUAUGUCGAUGUAACUGAACAUUGGACAGCGGCACUAACCCGAGCACAUUCUACAACAAACACGGAUAGAUGAAUACAAUAUAUAAUUCUUUAAACUUUUUUUUCUGGACAAUUUUUUUUAUACAUUCAUACAUAAUAAAAUGUUUUAUACAAAACGAAGCUUUACGUUAGAUACCCAUGUGUAUAUUAUUAUUAUACCAUAUAGUAUAUAAUAAUAUAAUAAUGUGCAACCAAACUUUAUUGCUAUCCUCGUUUUUCAUCGCUAUAAUAUAACACUAAUAUACAAUAUAUAUAUAUAUAAUAUAGCUGCAUAUUAGUUCUCGUAGUUAUAUAGCUAAUUUAUGAAAUUAUACGAUAGAGU